CUUCAAAAGUACUAUAGGAUAGGUGGCAAUAAAAACCGGCUGUAUAUUGCCUUAUACCCCAGUGGAGUCGUCAAUAACGAAGAGCAAAGGUAUCAUUGGGGCUUUCUUAUCGGACCAAAGAACGAAAAAGGUGCCAAAGUCUCUGGUAUACGCCACCAUGUCAAGAAUCACCCUAUUCGCAGCUGGAUAUAUGAGGAGAUACCUCUGUCCAAUGUGCGGAGUACCAACAAUCUCCUCGCUCGUAUUGUCAUUGCCAAGAUCGAAGACGAAGGCCGGCUGGUCGACAUUAUUCGGAACACACCCGUUGUCCAAAACGACCCUAACUGGCGUUACCGAACAUGGGUCGCCCAAGCUUUGUCCCAGAUAGCUCAAGAUGGCAUGGCUACUGGGGCCGCGGAACUGGAUUAG